AUGAGUCAACGUCGGCUAGACACCACGAUAUGGCUGUGGUACGUUCUGAUUAUUUCGGGACCAGCUAUGAAGUCUGUGAGAUGCGUGAAAGUUCUCACACCACCCAAGAAUCCAGCUACCGUUGAAGCGCAAGCAAAAUUUUUCCAGGACUUUUUCUCGGUACAGUUGAGUCCGUACAAGAUUGAGUUCGGUCACGUUUGCGAGGACCCGAACACGUGGGAGCAGCGUUACGAGAGGAAAGACUAUAAGAACCACAGGGACAUGGGAAAAGUCCGUUGGGGCGACAAAAAAGGUGGUUACGGCGAACACUAUUGGGACUUAAAUCACGCGGGGCACGCUGGGAACCACGGUGACGAUGGAUACGACAGCUCGGACGACGGCUCCUAUCACGACGAAGAUGGCAAAGAUUCGUACUACGAGCCGAGUGAACAAUCGCAUAACUAUCGAUCAGACGAAUACGACCCGGAAGCUGAGGCGAAAUACGAAGAAAGCGGUAGAGCGAAAAGAGCCCAUUCGAAGGUAAAACGUCAGCAGCGAAAGGAGAACACCGAGCAGCAGUCGACGCAAAGGCCGUUCAAACAGACGAAAAACAAAGAACAGACCCAAACGGUUCCCGAGAACUAUGAAACAGACGAAAGUAGUGAGGAGGAAAGGCCUCAAGAAUAUACAAAUCAGAAACAGCGUACCAGCAAACAACAACAAACCGCUCGUGAAAACAGUAGAGAUAGACCCGAACAAGCUAGGGAGAAGAAUCAAAUAGUAUUAGUUGUUGGCCACAAAGAAAGAGAAACUCAAGAGCCUAACAAUCAUCAGGCCAGGCAGUUAGAAGAUAAGCUCUAUGUUCCCUACGAAGGUGGUGCUGGCAUCAGGCAGCAUCAGCAUCCGGAAAGACAAGUGACCGCAGCUGCCAACGCCCCACGCCUGUUUUUAGAGCCAACUACUGGACACGUUGUGGACAGAGCCACUGGCCAAGCCUACGUCUUACAGCCUCUUAUCAAAAAUCCCAACUAUAGA